UUGGGUUUGUGGAGGGCCGCGCCGAGGUCCUCAGAGGGCCUUUGGGGGCGUGGUUCGUUUCGGGGGUGGGGCCGGGGCUGGUUCCGGGCCGCUCGGGGGCGUGGCCGGGCCUGGACCGCCGCAGGGGCCAUGUCCGCCCCGCCACCCCUGCAGAUCCGCGAGGCGAACGCACAUCUGGCGGCAGUGCAUCGGCGCGCCGCGGAACUGGAGGCACGGUUGGACGCGGCGGAGCGUACGGUGCGCGCCCAGGCCGAACGCCUGGCCCGUCACGACCAGCAGCUGCGCGCCGCCCUGGACGAGUUGGGCCGCACCAAGGAUCGCGAGAUUGCCGCUCUCCAGGAGCAGCUGCUGACCUCUGAGGCCACUGUCCACAGCCUGCAGGCUGCUGUCCACCAGAGGGACAAGCUCAUCGGGCAGCUGCAGCCCCGGGCCGAGUUGCUGCAGGACAUCUGCCGCCGCCGGUCACCCCUGGCUGGACUGCUGGCUGCCCUGGCUGAGGCCGAGCGCCUGGGGCCCCUGCCAGCCAGUGACCCUGGCCACCCACUCGCUGGCGGGCCCAGUUCACCCCUUGCCAACAGCACUGGGGAGAAGGGGGACAGGGACCACCUCCAGCCAGCAGUGUUUGGAACCACUGUGUGAGCCCCAGAGUAGAUUCCAGAAUGGAG